CCUACGUAUACCGCGGUUGCUCUGGCCGGAAGAGAAGGGUGCAGCGCUUAGAAGGCUCCCCUCCUAGUGCCUGCUUCUCCACUGUUGUUGUUGCCGACGUAGGAGUAGAUACCUGAGAGCUUCCGCGGCUCUGGGUUGUGAGAUGCCGGGCGGAGGCCACUGCCCCGAUUGCGGGUCCACUGAGCUCGUGGAAGACUCGCACUAUUCGCAGAGCCAGCUGGUGUGCUCAGACUGUGGCUGCGUGGUCACCGAGGGGGUCCUUACUACCACCUUCAGCGAUGAAGGCAACCUCCGAGAAGUAACCUAUUCCCGAAGCACCGGGGAAAACGAGCAAGUUAGCCGCAGCCAGCAACGAGGUCUCCGCCGAGUGAGAGACCUCUGCCGAGUUCUGCAGCUGCCGGCGACGUUUGAGGACACGGCCGUUGCCUACUACCAGCAGGCACACCGGCACGCGGGCAUCCGUGCUGCCAGGCUGCAGAAGAAGGAGGUGUUGGUUGGCUGCUGCGUCUUAGUCACGUGCCGGCAGCAUAACUGGCCCCUCACCAUGGGAACCGUCUGCACCCUGUUGUACGCGGAUCUGGAUGUGUUCGCCGGCACCUACAUGCAGAUAGUGAAGCUCCUGGGGCUGGACGUGCCGUCGCUGUGCUUGGCAGACCUGGUGAAGACGUACUGUAGCAGCUUCAAACUGUUCCAGGCCUCCCCGUCCGUGCCAGCCAAAUACGUGGAAGACAAAGAGAAGUUGCUAUCGCGAACAUUGCAGUUGGUGGAGCUGGCAGACGAGACGUGGCUGGUGACCGGGCGGCACCCCUUGCCCGUCAUCACGGCUGCCACCUUCCUGGCUUGGCAGUCGCUGCAGCCUUCCGCGCGUCUGACAUGCUCCCUUGCCCGGUUUUGUAAACUGGCGGAUGUGGACCUGCCCUGCCCUGCUCCGUCCCGCCUGCAGGAGCUGCUGGCUGUGCUGCUGCAGAUGGCGGAGCAGCUGGCGUGGCUGCAGGUGCUGGGGCUUGACAGACGCUCUGUGGUGAAGCACAUCGGCGACCUUCUGCAGCACCGCCGCACAUUGGUCCGCAAGGCCUUUCGAGACGGAACGGCAGAGCAGGAAGCUGGGGAGAAGGAACUGCAGGGACGGGGCCAGGGGCCAGGGCAGGGAAACGAGGAGGUGGCGGCGAGUAGUUCCUUGAGGUUGCCUGAGGGCAAGCGGCCAGCCAGUCCUGCCCUUCUCCUCCCACCUUGCAUGUUGAAGCCCCCAAAGCGAAUCUGUCCCCCACCCCCUAUCUCCACGGUCACCGGAGAUGAGGACAUUUCUGACAGCGAAAUAGAGCAGUAUUUGCGUACCCCUCAGGAAGUCCGGGACUUUCAGAAAGCUCAGGCUGCCAGACAGGCUGCCACGGGGCUCUCUCACCCUCCCUGACGUGCCUCCAGGGAGCACUCCCCCCGUUCUGACAGCAGCUUGAUCACAGGCCUGUCAUAUCCAGAGAAAUAAGCGUGAGCCCUGAGGUGUUUUGUUCUGUUUUUCCUUCUUACUUAAAGGAACCAAGGGCUCUGCAGUUCAUUGGACCCUGGGUCCUGGAGCAGAAGUCGGGAGCGAUGCAGGGACAAUGGGGUUGGAGAGAAUCCCGUCCCUGAGAGGGACGGUCCCAGAGAGCAAGGUGCACACAGUCGUAUUAUGAGGGAUGGCUUUCUUCCUAGACUGGUUGGGGCAUGUCGGGCUUGCUCCUGGUUUGGACUGGACACACUGCUGCUGUGGGCCUCAUGGGCUCUCCCUGCUGGUGUGGAGAGGUUGGGUUGCCAUUUCAAGUGGUAUCAGCCCUCAGAGGACGGGAACCGGGCAGCUCUUGGCCCUGUGUGCAUCCACAGGCGUCGGCCGGCUCUCGUGCACAAGCUCAUAACCCUCUACCUCUUAAGAAAAGGACCGUGGGUGGACUGAAGUUACAUGGCUCAAAGGGCUUUGCACAAUUUUAAUAUAUUAAAACAAGAGGCAUCUGCUAGAAAACA